AUGGAUGCCCUUCCGUGUGGGCUCACCAUUUGUCUCCUCUCUCUCUCUCUUUUUCUGCGUGUGCUGCUGCCGUUUCUGUCGUGGAGGGCGGAGAAGGGGAGAGCGAGGAAGAGAGGAGUAGGAAGAAAGUCACACAUACACACACGGAGAGGCGGGGGAAAGACGGUGAAAUCACCGGGUGAAAUGCGCAGGGCGUGCGCCUCUUCCUCCUGCUCCGCGCUGACGGCGAGUUGCAGCUGCUCGGAGAGGACAAGCUGGAGCGCGUCCGAUGGUGGAUGUAGCUGCUGCCGCGGUGUUGGACAGUCGUCAUCAUCACCGUCAUGUUGUUCUUGCUCCUCUUGCUUUUCCCGCAGUUGUUCCUGCUCCGUGUACCCGUCCUGCUACUACUCGCAGGACACCGCCCCGAGCCACGCGAGCAGUCGCUCUCGUGAUUGUACCACCUUUUACACAUUCCAGGAGGAUAUUUUGAUGGAAGUUCCGCGGCUGCUACGUUUUUCCAACCUGCCUCCUUUAUCGUCUGCAGCCGCAGGGCCGAGGGACCGCCGCGUGGGCUCUGACGCCGUGUCUGCUCCUCUUUCCCCUCCCCCUCUUCCGCAUGCCGCCUCAGUCAUCGGGACGGAGGCAAACCGGUCAACGGUCGCGACACAGACGGAGGAAAGCGCACAUGCAGAGACGAUCCACCGUGCAUAUUCACCGCAGCAGCGCUCCAUUGGCACAUGGACGGCACCUGUGAAGAGUACACGUGCAACGUCGCCUAUACCAACGGUUCUUGUGGAUGCCGCCAACAACACAGAGAUGAGUGGGGCGCAGUGGGAAGGGCAGUCGCACGAGCUCCUGCAGAAAACGACACUUUUACAGGAGCAAUUAUGCCGUAACAAUUUUCUUGAGACACGUCAAAUUUCGAUGGAACUCGCUUUCACGUCGGCACAGGAGCGAAUAAAGCAGGGUGAGGAGAGACACAAGGCUGCUAUAUCAUAUCUGACGGCGGCAAGGGACGAGCACAGGCUAGAGUUGGAGCGAUUAGAGUUGACAUGCCGGCAAAGUCUGUUUGAUCAUGAGGCAGAGUUAAGGUCAAUGCUCCACACUUUGCUGGGGUCAUGGCGAACCGCAACGCUGUCGACUGAGCAAACCCGCAACGGACAUGAGCGGUUUCUGCGCGCUGCGCGGGGUUACUCCCAGUUUGAGGAUAACACUUUCCAUCAACUUAUCCUGGACGAGGUGAGACACCGUGAAGAGGUGAAGGACUCUGAGUGGCAAUCCCUUCUUGCUCUUCGGCAAUUGCGUGAGUUGGCGGAAAAUUGUCAGCGUGAGUCAUCCCGCACCACUGCCGCAAUAAAUUUGGCCGAAGAGGAGAAACGCGCGGCAAUUAUGGCGAAGAAGGCAGUGGAGGAAAAAUUACGUGACGUGUUAGAGCGUGAGAAGGAACUUCGUCUUCAGUAUUUGCACGUGCUGCGUCUUCCCACAACAACCAUUGUUUCCUGUAGUCACCAGUCGAAUGCCGCCACAUCUGUGGAGGAAGACAUUCCUGUACAUGCACGGUUUGUUCGUGCACAUAAGGAGGCUGUGGAUGCCGUCCGUGCUCAGCGUCGUCACACCAUUGGGCAAAUUCACAUUUUUUAA